ACAAGAUACAAAAAUGUCACUUUCACUGACAAGGUGCUAUAACAUCCAGUGAUAUCAAAGUGAUAUUUGAUACAAAAAAACGUUUCAUAUCAUUGCUAAAUGUUGACCUAUCACUAAAGUCACGCGUCGCACGUACUAUUCACACACGCAUAAUCCCCAGCGUCGUGCAUGCAAUUCGCGCAUUGCUCGUGUCGCGUCACUUCCACCACGUCAGUGCGCUCGCCGACCGUGUUUUGGUUCGUCACGUUUUCCGCGACGAAAAUCGCAUCCUCAUCGAAAUUACACCUCACACACCUUGCACCAAUAAACCAGCUACCUAGUCCCACUCAGGGAUAAGCGAUUACACAAGCGGACACGUCUAGAAGUCAAUUUUCCCAACCAUCAACUGUCAAAAAAGGGUUUUUAACCUGCUGCGCGCCGAGAAAGUGAAGUAAUUGUACUAACAAAGCUUUGACACACACUCUGCUGCUUGCUGGUGAUGGCCGGGAAGAAGUCGCGGUCGCAGCGCACGCACCAUCAGCCCGUAACACCGCCGGCAAUGCUUUCGAAUGGGCCUGCCACACAGGAUGCGGCUGCAGGAAGUGUUAUGCCUGGUGCUGGUGGUGCCCAAGCUGCAGGUGUUGGUGGCAAUGGCCGGCAGCGGUCUGCCGACGAGCUGGCGCUGCUCACCAAGCAACAGCUGCAGGUUGAAUGUCGCAAACGCGGCCAGAAAACUUCCGGGACGAAAGUCGAAUUGUUGCAACGCCUGGGCCACAAGAUGGCGAGCAAACGCAACACCGGCUCACUGCUGCCGCCGCCAGCCAAUGGCACGCAGGUCGUCCCCAGAGACAAACCGGACUUUACAUCGGCAACCAGCAAGGCACAAAAACUACGCGAACGUGAAGAGCGUGAGUCCUACGUGCUGUGGAAGCGGCCAUUGGGUACAAUCGAGUAUUUCACCAAGGAAACAUUGAUUUUACUCUACACAUAUGGCAAACAGACAUUACAAUAUAAAAAACUAGUUUUAUUAUGUAUAUCAUUAAUUGCUGGGGCAGUGAUGCUUGUACGAACAGCAGGACCUCAUCAGCAGUUUGUCACACACUUCUACGCCAAGAUUCUUUGGUGCUGCUAUUGGAUAGGCCUGGGGAUUUUAUCCUCUGUGGGUUUGGGCACUGGACUGCACACGUUUCUUUUGUACCUGGGGCCGCACAUCGCUAAAGUAACUUUGGCUGCCUAUGAAUGCGGAUCGUUGGAUUUUCCGGAGCCGCCAUAUCCUGAUGAGAUUAUUUGUCCGGAGAAUGUUUCUGGGUCGAUAGCAGUGACGAUAUUCUCGAUAAUGUCGAAAGUAAGACUGGAAGCGAUGUGUUGGGGGGCUGGGACAGCCCUCGGGGAGUUACCGCCAUAUUUUAUGGCUAGAGCAGCAAGACUUUCAGGAAUUGAUCCGGAUGAUGAAGACGAUGAUCUCGCUGAAUUUGAAGAACUACAAAAGAAGAGAAAAGAAGAUCUCACACUAAUGGAACGUGGUAAAUUAUUUGUGGAACACGUGGUGCAGAGAGUUGGAUUUUUCGGUAUUUUAGCAUGCGCAAGCAUCCCUAAUCCACUCUUUGACCUUGCUGGAAUAACCUGUGGACAUUUCCUGGUGCCAUUCUGGACGUUUUUCGGCGCUACGCUCAUUGGCAAAGCCAUUAUCAAGAUGCACAUCCAGAAACUCUUCGUGAUUGUCGCCUUUGACGAGACACUCAUCGCCACCGCUCUCUCGUGGCUCACGUCGAUACCUGUCGUCGGCAGCAAGUUGCAAACACCCUUCAAGAACUUCCUCGACGACCAGAAGAGCAAAUUGCACGCUGGGUCAUCCACUGGUGGUGCUUCUGCGCACACCGCUGAGAAAGGAUCGUUAUUGGGCGCCAUUUUUGAGAAGUUUGUCUUUGCCAUGAUUGUAUACUUUGUCGUGUCGAUUGUGAAUUCGCUCGCGCAGAGCCAUCACAAGCGAUUGGCGAAGCGCCGCGGCACUAAGGCCAGUAAAGAUUAGCACUGAGUGUCGCGCGAAACCGAAACCAACCUAACCUAAAUAUAUUUACAUUCGUAGACGUAAGUAGGUAAAUUUUUCUACAAUGAGAGGGGACACGGAUUAUGAAAACGGUUAUUUCCAGAAAAAGACAAGAAAAUGUUUUCAAAAAUUGUUUUUGUGUUUCCAUGUCGUCCGAGCGAGGUUAUUGCCAAAGUUUUUUGCGUCAAAAUUGUUUUAAAAUGUUUUAUGAAGUCAACAAUGAUGAAAUCAAUGUUUGGCUUUGUAGAUAGAAGAUUAUUUAGUCCAAUCUGAUUUAUUUAUAUUGUUUUGAUGAGCACUUUGUGAGUGUUUGUGUUUGCCAGCGGAUUAUUAAUUAAUUACUCAUUUACCAUGGUUAGCUAUGAAUUAAAUGACAAGUCGAUGUGCGUGCAUGUGUAAAAAUACCACUUAGGUGUGUGUCUGUGGUGUGAGCGUGCGGUUGUGCGUAAAUUACGAAUUUUCUAGACGUGCUAGAAGUCUAGACGAUGAUAUUUGGCGAAUUGUUGAUAUGAUCAUAUUACGAAUAUUGAUAGAGACAAAUUACAAUGUUCUUAUGGAUGUACCAAGUUGCUAAUUACAACAAUUGGACUGUUUCCUAGAUAAUUUGGGAGAAAAUAUCAGGUUCAUGUUGGAGGAGAGUUUUCAACGGGAUUUGUUUUGAUGUGAUUACAUUUUGCUCAAUUUGCGAUUCACGAUCAUUCAUGAUGUUUUUUUUUCUCUCGACGCCCAUUUUCAGACUAUUUUGUGAUUUAAGCUUGUGGAUAUACAAGUACCAAUUUAUUGUUAUGAUUAAUGUCCUUUACCAAGUGAUUUUGUUCGAUUUGAUUCGGAUUAUGUGCAAAAUUAAACAAAUCAAACUGA